AAAGCAAUAUGGGUCCAUCUAGUCUGCAGCAGCUUCCCCUUGAGGUUACAAUCCUUAAAAUGCUGGAUCACCCGAACAUAGCAAAACUAUAUGAGGUAAUAGACACCGAAGACAUAUUAUACUUAUGCAUGGAAUAUUUAAGCGGAGGAGAUCUUUUUCAUUACCUUAAAGAUCACGGGCGCAUAGAUGAGGAGAGAGCCCGAGUUUGGUUCCGGCAAAUCGUGUCAGCAGUGCUUCACUGUCAUCAGAAGGGCAUUGCACAUCUGGACUUAAAUACCAUGAAUAUCCUUAUAAACGAAGAUGGAAACAUCAAAGUCGCAGAUUUUGGUGUAAGCACAAUCUUCUCUUCAGAAACUAAAAAUCAUUUUGGGCUACAAAUAGAUAUACAGGGCCUCGGGAGGAUACUUUAUGAUUUGAUCGGCUUCUCCAAGUCACCUUACGGCGCAGCACAAGUGGCAAUGAGAAAGAUCGGCAUAAACGCCUUUUGUGACUUUGUUCCUGAUUACAUCACUACUGACUGUGAAAAUCUUCUUCGCAAAAUGCUAAUGCCAGACCCCUGCAAGUAUGAGUCAUUGGAGCAGUUAAUCAUGAGCGAUCCCUGGAUAUGUUACGUGGAGCCUGGUUCAUCUACUGAGGGUCCUGAAAUAACAGAUGACUUAUCCCUAGCCCCGAAUAAUGAGCCCAAAUACUCAAGAAAGAGGACUAGACCAGUCUCAUCUGUGUGCGGUGAACUCCAAGAUGACACCAACUGGAGUUCUGAGUCACCACCUGCAAAAAGGCUGGAGUCUAGCGAUGACCAGAGUGACAAUGACAUCUUCAUCAUAGCUCAGUCCUCUGGUUCCCCAUUUAUUGAAGAACACCAAGACCCUUCCAAGCCUUCACCCUCUGAUGCAAAAAGAUCAUGCAUCACCAGUGAAGGCCAGCCAAUACCAUCUGGCAAUAAUGGAAAGAGGAGCAAAUGGCAAAGUUUUUGGAAUAGACUUAGGAAUCUUUUUUCUAUGGCAAGUAACGUGCCAUAUGUGGGUGAACUUCAUUUUGCUGUGACAUCUGAUUGGACUUACCGUGUGUGAUCUUUGGCCUGAACUGUUUCUGCUAUUUGGAUCAUGGAAGAAUUGCUACAAUGCUUGGACCAACCUCAGCCUCUUGGGCUGACAAAUUCUUGUGGCAGUUUUACAAUAUUUUAUAAUAAACUUUUAAUUCUAUUAUUA